AUGAAUGAACCCAGAGUCCCCCAAAAUAAUAAGGGCUGGCAGGCGAUGGAUAUUUAUUUAUUUUCAAAUGGACAAGAGAAUUCCCCUCCACGUAAAUAUCACCUACAAACAGACGAAUUACAAUUUUGGCAGGCUACCAUAAAUCACUUGGCACGUUCACAGUAUGGUCCCACGCACUCUACUAUAGAUUUAUAUACUUUGGAUGGAAAGAGAAUUGUGAGUCCCCUUGAACUAGUUGACGCUGCCACGUACGUAGCUGUGACACCACCAGAUGCGUUCAUUCCCGCGGGAUAUGAACAAUACCUUAUUAAGGCCACCAGGUCCUGGGAAAGAAGACAGGAGAAAUUAAUAAAUGCUGCCAAUGGAAUAGUGGAAACCGAAAUCAAAAAGGAGCAAUCCAAAAUAACUGCCGAUGAAUCAAGAUUAAUACAAACGUCGACCACUCAAAAUCCCCAAGUUACUAGAGAUAAGGACCAAGACAGCAUAGGUACAAAUAAUACAAUAAUAUCAAGACUUCGAAAAGAAAACGAAAGAUCGUUGGAUAGAAAUAUAUCCACCGCCAGGGUUGAACAAGUCCCCAGCAGAAAAUAUACUGACAUUGAAAAAUGUAAGAGCAUUAGGAAAGUAACUGCACAAAUGAGCAAAACCAAUAGCAAAGAGGAUGCUAUAAACAAGAAAAAGAAUAUGUCAGUAUUUAGAAAUUCCAAAAAUAUGUCAAGCAGACGACAAUCCUUAAAAGCCGAACCGAUUUUAAACAAAAACAACAACGCCGUCAAAACAUCUAAAGAAAUACCAACAAAUGCUGAAAAAUCUAUGAAAGACAUGGAAAUAAAAGAUACAAUAAUGUUGUCAAAACCCGAGGACUCCCAUAAUGAAUAUCAAUCAAGAGAACAAUCGAAGAGUGGAUUUGAUAAAGGGAUCAUAGUUAUAUCCGAUGUUUACAAAAAUCCCGAGAGCGAAGUUCAAUCCGUAUUCAUUGACGCUGAACGCAAAAAUCCACGAGAUUUCUUGCCCAAGGAAAGAUUUAAAUCCAGCGAUCUCCAAAAAAUUAUUGAAUUAGAAGAAAAUGAUAACGCAAUGAAGACUAACAAAGCCUCGUCUGCGCAUAGCGUCUCUUGUUUCAACACGAGACCAGAAAUAACGACAUCGUUCGCAAGCAAGAAUAAAGUAUUCAACAUAAAACUUAACAUCGAAUUACGGGAUAAUAGAGAUUCAGUUGGUGAGCAGAAAAGCGGUCAUUUAAUAAAAUGCAAGUCUGUCACUGAACUGUUGAAUAGAGAUCAAGGGUCGCAGGCGACUAUCGAUGUUUUUUUGGACUGUGACUAUAUAAAAACCCAUGACAAUAAUUUAAUUCGUAAAUCUAUGCUAACAGAAAACGCAUAUUUGUGUGACAGCAACGAUCCGAAAAUGUCUAUAAUGAAAUGUGGUCUAGAAAGAAACAGCACAUUCAGUAAAGGGAAGGAAAAUUACGUUCUAUUUGUUCCAGCUGCGUACGUCGAUAAAAACUUUGAAUGGUGUAAUCCUGCAAGCAAUCAGGAUAAAGAUGGAUCACGACGAAGUUCGAUCGUCGCUACCGAUAUUAUAGACAUAAAGAGUAAUCCAGUUUCAAGAGAUAAUUCCCAAGUAACAAUAAAACAUAAAGUCUCUAUAUGUCCCGAUAGUCCGGUUAAAAUCAGUGCAGAGUUGCCUUCCGUGUUAGAUAAAGAUUUUGUUGAUUCUAUACCAAUACCUCCAAAUCCUCCACCACCCAGUGCAAUUAUAACCAAAAGAGAUAACUAUUCGCAGACAGAGUGGUGUAAUGUCUUGUUACAAGCAUGCCCUCAAGGAAACGGGUUGUCUUCGUUUCAUCUGCCUCCAUUACGAGUUUUGGUUCAAUAUAACUUAUUAUAA